GCGCCGGCCGCCUCCGGAGCUGGCGGGUGUGGGCGCAGCCCGGAGGUGCCUGGAGCUGUGGGUGCCGGAGCAGCCGAGGCAGCCGCCGGCGGAGGAGCCGGAGCGCGGAGGCUGCGUGACGGCAUUGAUGCGGCAGGAUGACAGUGAAACUGGGAGAGAGCAGCGGGGAGGAAGGGGUGAAAAAGCUGGGCAAGAGAGCAGGAGGAGAUGAGGAGUCCCUGGAAGAAGAAGGGGCAGGAGGAGGAGGAGGAGAGGCAGCUCCAGGCAGCAGCAGCACAAAGAAAGAAGAGAAGAUCAUUAACAGCAACACUACCAGCAGCCCCCCACCGAACCCCAGCUUGUCACCGGCCCCUGCCACUCUCCAGCCCUCCCAGAGCCAAGACCAGCAUCAUUUUCUCAGGUCCAGUGUCAGACCUCAGAGCAAGAGACUGAAGAAGGAUUCCCAGGCAUCCUCCUCGGUUGGCAGCAGCGCUGCCGGGAAAGGCAAAGCAGCAGAUAAUGGAGGGACUGCACCUGGUGGCACAUCAGGAAUUCCUCCCAGCAAUCCUACUGGGAAUUCCAAGUCAGCAGCAAGGAACCUGGGUUCCUCGGCAGGAGAGAAGGAAGAAGGGAAGAAAGUCCGACGGCAGUGGGAGUCAUGGAGCACGGAGGACAAGAAUACUUUCUUUGAGGGACUGUAUGAGCAUGGGAAAGAUUUUGAAGCUAUCCAGAAUAACAUUGCCCUGAAAUACAAGAAGAAAGGCAAACCAGCGAGCAUGGUGAAGAACAAGGAGCAGGUCCGGCACUUCUACUACCGCACCUGGCACAAGAUCUCCAAGUACAUUGACUUUGACAAUGUGUUUUCUCAAGGGCUGAAAAAAUCUUCCCUGGAGCUGUAUGGCUUAAUCUGCUAUGGGGAACUAAGGAAAAAGAUCGGGGGAUGUAUGGAUGACAAGAACGCAGCUAAACUCAAUGAGCUCAUUCAAGCUGGGGCUACAACUGUUCGUUACAAAGGCAGAAACCUGCGUAUCAAAGCUCCCAUGUGCAGGGCUUUGAAGAAACUCUGUGAUCCAGAUGGUGUGAGUGAUGAAGAGGACCAAAAGCCCGUACGACUUCCCCUCAAGGUCCCUGUGGAGCUGCAGCCACGGAAUAACCAUGCAUGGGCUCGAGUGCAGAGUCUUGCUCAGAACCCACGGCUUAGGAUGAUUGUGGAGUUACAUCGGAAGGUCUCCAGCCUCCUUGAAUUCCUGAAGCAGAAAUGGGCUCUACAUGAAGUGCGGGUUCGUAAAACACUUGAAGAACAGCAGCUUCGAGACUCCAGAGACUCUGAAACAAGAGGCAGCUUCUCAGAGGAGAAAGUGAUGCUCCAUCUCUUUCCAGGAGAGAACUGUACCAUCACUCCACUGCCUGGGGUAGCCAGAGUGGUUCAUUCCAAGGCCUUCUGUACUGUGCAUUGGCAGGAAACGGGCAAAUGCAAACAGAACACAAAAGACUCUCACUUACUCCCCCCUGCCCAAAUCCUUGGCAUACAGAGUGGUCAGGGGACAGCAAGGGGACAGCUGAAAUACCUGCGGGGGAUGGAAGGUAAGGGUGUGGGAAGGGGAGAGAGCACUACAGAGCCCAGCAGAACCUUGCAGCCUACAGGUGAAGUUUCUGCAAGCACUGAAGAUGGUGCCCCAGAGCCUGUCCUGGUGGAAGGAACAGCCUCAAAUCUUGGCAGCACUAAUUCCCUCCAGAAACCACCUUCUGGACUUCAGGAUCCAGAAGGGCACCAGGAAAAACUGAGUUCAGUGGCCCCCUGCAUGGAGGGCAGGGAGGCCCUGGCUGGUGACCAGGCAGGUGUGCUACCCUCGUGCAGCACAGAGUGUGCAUGCAGCAAGAUCCCUGAUGUGGAGGAGCUCUCUCUGCUCGAUCCAUUCCCACGGUACAUGAAGUCCUGCCAGGACUUGAUCGUCCCAGAGAAAUGUUCUUGCACAGACAAACUGCAUGGGAAGGACUCUGAUUCAGCAGCUCGUAAUGCUUCUCCAGUGGCUUUUCCAAGCAGGAGGAGUGCAGAGACCUCUGACUCUUGUUCCCAGCUACUGAGAGGUAGUGUAGCUUCCCCUGGCAGCAGCAGAUGUGAAACUCAGGCCAGCAACAGCCAGGGCCAGCAGCUUGAUGCUUGUACCAAGGAUAUCACGGAUGCAGUAAUGGAGGAUUCUCAAGAGAAGCUGGGCUCCUCGUUUGCACCUCCACCUCAGGGACAAUCCAGUACAAAGUCUCUCAAGGAUGACCCAAGCCGGCUCUCCCAACAAGUUAGAGAGGAAGGAUGGAGUCUGCGAACCUCUGAGAGCCUUACACUGGCUGAAGUCUACCUCAUGAUGGGCAAACCGAACAAGCUGCAGCUGGAAUAUGACUGGUUGGCUGUCUUGGAGCCAGAAACCCAGCAUGCUAGAGAGCAGACAUCUGAGUCAAGUGCUGUCCCUGCAUGUCCUACCUUUCACAAGCAGAGACUCUUAAAUUGCCUUCUGAGACUCAUCUCUACUGAGGUCAAUCCCAAACCAACGCCCGAGAUGAGCUCCAUUGCCACAUCACCUAUAAAGCCUGCCCAGGAGGAGCAGUCCCUGACUCCCCCGGGAAAGGUGACUGCCAUCAACACCAGGAGUCCCGGCUGCGCGCGGAAUCAGUCCGCCCUUCGCAACAAGACUUUUUCUCCUGGUGCUGCUUCCGGCUCCUCAGGUUUGAGAAACCUCCCUAGACCUCUCUUGGUGGCUAGUCCUUCAAGCUCUGGGAGCACUGAGGCCGACAGUGGGCUGUUUGCCGUGCCCACAACCCUGCCCCCCAACAGCCGCCAUGGGAAACUGUUCCUACCCAGCAAGGAAGAAGAGCUGACCUUCCGGCAGCACCUGGACACCAUCAGUAUGCAGUCGGACUUCUUCCUUCCGAAGCCCAGGAAGUUACGGAACAGGCACUUGCGGAAGCCACUGGUAGUACAGAGAACACUGCUCCCCAGACCGUCUGGAAAUCCGUCCCAGCAUGUCUGUUCCUUUUCUAUCUUAUCCAACUCAUCCAUUACAGGGAGAGGUUCAUUUCGGCCAAUCCAGUCCUCACUGACUAAAGCUGCUGUUUCUCGUCCAAUUGUGCCCAAAGUUCUUCCAACACAGGCCACCAACCAUCUGUCCAGUGCUAUUGACUUGGCAGCUAAAAGUGCUGGCAUUAUCCCUGGUAGUCCCAUGCCUGUCCUGGAUGCGGAUGGUUUGCCAGGGGUGUCUCCAUUGUCACCGGAUGCAGUGCCCACGGUAGUGACAGGGCAGGAGCCAGCAGCAGCACAUCAGAAUGGAGGCUCCAUCACCACUGUGGAGGGCUCAGGCCCAGGGUGCCGGGUGCCGUACAUCAGCCUGCCGACCCGGCCCGAGCAGGAUGGCUUCCAGAGUACAUCAGUUCUUUCUCUGCCAGAGCUGGCCAAGACUUCUGUCCAGAAUGGUCUGUCCACCCCUCCACUUCCCUCAUCAGAAGCUUCCAGUACUCGGCUCUCUCCUCCCAAUGUUUCUGCUCUCCUGGAUAUUUCCCUGCCUGGACCACCUGAAGAUGUGCUUUCCCAAGGCGAACCUGCCACUCAGAUCAGUGAUUCCAUCAUUGAAAUAGCCAUUAGCUCUGGCCAAUACAGUGAAGGUGUUUCUCUCUCUCCUGCAAAGCUGAAUGGCAGUGACAGCUCCAAAAGUCUUCCAUCCCCAUCCAGUAGUCCUCAGCAGAACUGGAUUGCGUCUCCCACCCAUGAUCCCCAGUGGUACCCCAAUGACUCCACAGACUCCUCCCUCAGCAGCUUGUUCUCAAGUUUCAUCUCCCCUGAGAAAGGACGAAAAAUGUUACCAACUCCAGCUGGGAACACCAGUGGCACCUCCUUACUGGGACCCAGCCUGCUGGAUGGAAACUCACGGGACUCCUUUGUGUCGCGGUCCCUGGCAGACGUGGCAGAGGUGGUGGAUUCCCAGCUGGCUUGCAUGAUGAAUGAGAACAGCAUAGAUUACAUAUCUCGGUUUAACGACCUUGCCCAGGAACUGUCAAUACCUGAGCCGACUCGCAGGGAGAUCCUGUUCGAUGGAGGAGGUGGUGGUCCCCCGGCUGGGGAUCUGUCACAAGAAGCAUUGGUUUCAAAGGUCUCAAGAAAUACUUGCAAGUCCUGGAAUGUGCAAUAUGCUGGCAACAACAGAACAUGGAAUAACAUUACAGAGGAUAGUGCGUCCCUGCAUCAGCGAUGUAAGAUUGCAGAAAUCCUUCAGAUUUGCAGGACAAAAGUAGAAGGCACCUACUAUGGCUGUGGAUUACAGAACGUGCAGGAGGAGAUGUGUUACAUUCUAAUCAAGUACUGUCUAAAAAGAAAUCUGAACUCUCAUUCUUAAAUUUCUAAAUAUUGCAAGAGUAAUGUGAGGGUCUCCAGUGUAUUUGUAACUUGACAAACUUUUCAUCUUCCUUACUGAUGCUGGUAACACAGUGGAUAUGACACUGGGUUUGGCUUUGAAGUUGCCUAAAGACCAGUGGUGCUGUACCUGCUGCAGGAGUGGAGAGCAGAGCACUUCAUCCUGAACCAUGAAGGCUUUUUGCCUGCGAUACAAGGAGCUGUCAGCUGCCUUGCCUCAGCCUACCCAGGGGGAAGGACCCAACUGCAGAAUGAAGGCAGCACAAGUGGCUAUUUUUGAUGAUGCCAUGACAUCAGAAAACUUCUCAUACCCUGAACCUUUGCAAGUGGGCUUGAACCAUCCAGUAAUAACAGAGUAUAAAUUACAGAAAUCAGUUCAGCACUCAGAAUGCUGGGUUAGAAAUGUGUUUGGCAUCAGCCCCUUAAAAGUUGGCAAUAUGAAGCAGUAUUCAAUUUCAGAAAUGUAAUGCAUUGCAAACUGCUUUUUAAGAAUAAAGCCCUUUGAGGAAAAGGGAAGAACUUAAGAAGAAUUAAGAUCAUUGUGUAAUUCUGAAUUGAUGCAGUAUUUGUUACCCCUACUAUGUGAAAGGCCAUUUAAACACAUCUCUGAUCAGACCAGCUCUAGAUUUCAGUUGAAUGUACUUUACAGUAGUAGUCAUCAUCAGUUUGUCCUGAGACUGCUAAGGAGGUGCUGUAUACACACACCCACACCCACACACCAAGUGCGUGUGCACCCGCAGACGGCAGGGAGGGUGGUAAUACUCAAAACUUCUUCAAUUGUAAUUAUUUCAGCUUCCCCAACAACAGUAACAAAAUCUAUAUGAGGGACAAUGCCAGGCUAAGCAGACAUCCAAGCAAGUGACACUGAAGUGCACACAGUAUCAUUUCUGAGGUAGAAGUGAUUUCAUUAGGUUAGUACCUUCCUGGGGCACUAUGAGUUGUUGGAGAGGACUAAGGGACACUAACAGUCUCCAGGUCUAGGAUUAACUGCUCUAGGCUUUUCCCUCUCAGUGACCAUAAGGCAGUUCUGAGUAGCUGACAAGAUAAAUGGCAGAAGAUGGGGUGUCCCAUCACCAUGGGCUGGGUGUAGAGCACUACCAUAGCCCAAGGUUGGAUCCACCCAGGUGUGUGUGCACAUACUGACAGAGAUCUGUACAGGGUGUUGCAUUCUGAUCACUCACACAACCCAUUUUAUACUGCAUCCCUAAUCUACUAAGCAUAGGAAUAGUAAUUUUUUUUUUAUAUAGCAUUCUUAAGCCUUUUUUUGACACCCUCUGUAUUUUUUAAUUGAAUUAAAUGGCUUGAUUCAAAUCUAAUCUAUAAAGACAUCUCAUUUAUUGACAGCAGAUCCCAGAGUGGAAACUCAGUUGCAUUUUGUUUUCUAUGCUCAGACUUCAGAUGCAUUUAUACGGCAAGUUCUGCACUUUUUUUUUAACCUUUUCAAACCUUUCAAUCAGUUAAUUUCACAGCAAGUUGUAAAUGUUACCUAAGUGAAACCUUGGCAAGCACUACGGCAAUAAGUUAUCAUUAAUUAUUGAAACAUGAUAACUGCUUUAGAGCGUAUGGUUCUGGCAGCAAAAUAGAAUGCUGUUUCUUUUAAUAAUAGUUAAGCCAUAUCAUCUAAGGUUUCUGGCUUGUUUGAGAUGUGAAUUUGUUUUAUAGAUUAUAAAUAUACCUAUAUAGUGUAUGUAUAAAGCAAAAUGCCUGUCCUUACUGAUUAUUUUUUGUACCAUACUGUAAAUUAUAUUAUUUAUUCUUUAUCAAUUUUGGAAAAAGGUGUUUUGGUUAUUUAAUAUAAUAUACAAAAGCUGUUAAACUUCUUCUGUUUAAAUUUCCAAUUCAACUUGUAAAGCUGUUUUUAUUCUUGUGCAUAAAUACGUACUAAUACUUGGUCUAA